AUGGCACCAUUACGGACUGUUUUAGUUGUAGGCUCGGCUGGAUACAUUGGUUUAGCCGUAUGUCAAGCUUUCGUGCGGGCCGGAUGGAGAGUUUAUGGCUUGAUUCGUAAAUCGGAACAAGCGGCUUCUCUCAUUGUACGAGAGGUAAUUCCGGUGGAAGGCUCUCUCUACAAUUCAGCAUUUCUAGUCAAACUACUGGAAGAAGCCUUACGAAUUGAUGUGGUCGUUGGAUGUGCUGAACCAGAGGAUUAUGCGACUUAUCUUCGCGAGAUGUUGGACAUGAUGCAUUGGGUGGCACAGGCGAAUCAGGGAGUUCGGCCACUUCUUCUAUGGACAUCGGGCUCUAAGGAUUAUGGGCCAACAAAGGCUGGACACUCUAUAUUAUCCCCUUUCACGGAGACUUCCAUUUUAGAUCCUCCACCGCCGCUCCUACCCCGUACCACAUCUUCAGUAAAGGUCCUUGACAACAACAAAGAAUUUGAUGUCGCAGUUUUACGUCCAACCGCGGUCUACGGCUAUGGAAGUAGCUACUAUGGAGGGCUUUUCAAGUUCGCUGAAGACGCUCAAAAGAAUGGAUCGCAGUGUCUACAGAUUGCCGCGGAUCCGCAAAAUAUAUUGCAUGCAAUUCACGUUGACGACUGUGCGGAUGCGUAUGUCGCCCUUGCAGAACACCCUGACCGCAGAGCUGUUGGCGGCCAAUGCUUCAAUAUUUCAGCUCGAGCAUACGAAACGAACAAGGACAUUCUAAACGCUCUGGCUGAGGAAUACCGCUUCCUCCAGGGUGCGCGGUUUGUGGACGUGUCCCAGUCCUUGAACGGGCUUGAUGAAUCUAUCAAAAUAUUGUUUGGAUUUAGCCAAUGGGUGAGUAGCGAGAAGCUCAGGGAGUUGACAGGCUGGAGGGAUUGUCGCAUGCUCUUCACAAAGAACUUGCAUGUAUACCGGUUGGCGUAUGAGGCAGCUGCAAAGAAACAACUCAGGAUCAACAACAGACAAAGCCAGUGGAAUGCAGUUGAUUGGCUUGAACCUGCAUCGCCAGUCAGAGUCUGA